AUGUCAGUUUCGAGAACGCACAAUGUCAGUUUCGAGAACACUCAAACAAGUUGUCAGACGGCUCCCGAGACCGACAUGUAUGUAAGAAGGUUAGCUAGACCGGCCUCCGAGGCCGUAGCCAACAAUCGUGUCAUUAUUAUUUAUCUUUGGGUAUCUCUGAUCGUUACAGAUAUCUUAGCAUCCGACUUCGAAGCCAAACUACACGAUACUCUUUUCAAGGACUACUACAUCCUGCCUUUGCCUGUCGUCAAUACUACAGAUAUACUCAACGUUUCCUUCGGCCUCUCCAUUUCACAGAUCAUUGAUCUUGAUGAAAGGAAUCAAGUACUCACAUCAAAAGUUUGGGUGAAGCAGCAAUGGAGAGACUAUCGUCUCCAAUGGGAACCGGAAGAGUACGGAGGAAUUACGAAGAUUAAAGUGCCAAACGAAUGCCUGUGGAUACCCGACAUUCUACUUUAUAACAAUGCCGAUGGCGCCUUUGACAUUCAAUCUGCUUCAUGGGCUGGCAUAGACUACACGGGCCUAGUCACGUGGUGGCCACCAGCGGUAUACAAAAGCUCAUGUCAGAUCAAUGUGGCCUACUACCCGUUCGACGAACAGCACUGCUUGCUCAAGUUCGGUUCCUGGACCUACGACGGAGUAGUCAUGGACUUGAGGCCAAUUUCGCAAAAUGCAGAAAUACGGGACUACUGGGACAACGGCGAAUGGCAGAUAAUCGAAACACCCGGCGAGCGACACGAAGUGACUUAUCCAUGCUGCGCAGAAACAUACGUCGAUAUCACCUACACAAUUACGUUACGGAGGAAACCGUUGUAUUAUUUCGCUUACAUUUUGGUUCCGUGUGGUCUCAUCUCAUUCAACACUGUUCUUGUAUUUUAUCUACCGCCCGACAUCAGCGAAAAGAUGGCGUUGUGUAUGUCGGUGCUACUGUCCAUGACCGUCUUCCUGCUGCUCAUCACGGCCCAGAUCCCGGCCAAUGCGAACCAUUUCCCGCUCAUCGUUAAGUAUCUUCUUUUCACCAUGCUCAUCGUAUCUUCCUCGAUUAUUCUCACCGUAUUCGUGCUGAACGUUCGCUUUAGGUCCCCUGAAACGCACACAAUGCCUCGGUGGGUGCGUCGGUUAUUUAUCGAUAUAAUACCAGGAUUUCUCGGCAUGAGCCGACCCGUAGAGUACAGUAAACGAUUUCGCCAUGUUGGAAUCAAUUUAACAAGAGACGCUAUGGCCAACGGCGCUCUGGACUCGAGUAGACUGGUCAUGGAAAGCAAAGGAAAUAGUUAUUCUGUGAGAAUGCGACGGGAGGUGGAUGUUCAGAUGGACCAUGAUGACUCUGAAGAGGAAGUACCUGGUACGAGUAACUACAGACGUGGUCAGUAUCUACCUCUGAUGACGUCCGCUGAAAAGGAGGAGAAUGAAGCCAUGGUCAUCCACAAAGCCGUCGAGGAAAUCAUGUAUCUUACAUGGAAAUGUGCGAGCGACGAGGAUAGCAACAGGGAAAAGGAAGACUGGAAAUUUGUUGCCAUGGUGAUUGACCGUAUCUUCCUCAUCAUCUACAUUUGUGGUAUCUGCGUCGGCAAUAUCGUCAUCAUCUUCCAGGCUCCAUUGGCCACGGUAUUCUUCCGCGAACUUUUCUGUUGCUACGAGGACUGGGCCAUGAACGGACUGCCUUUGAACUACACCAGACCCACCGUGAUUGAGUAGAGAUAACUCCCUUCCACGUCGUAGGUCAACGCAUUUAUAUAUAUAUAUAUAUAUAUAUAUUUAUAUAUAUAUGGCUCGGUGCGCACGAAGCGUUAUUUCAUUUGCGUCAUUCAAGGACAUUCAUACAGAUAAAUGCAUAGAGCAGGUCUAGGCCAAAUUUUAAACCACAGAUGGAACCCCCUAAAGCAGCGUGCGAUCGCCAAGAGCUAGGUUUCGACAUUGUCCGAAAUCGACUUUCAUCAGAAAACUGGCGGCGCAAUCACAAAUAAGUAUGUACAGAACAGUUUGUGUGACGACUUCGGACGCAGCCGUCAUUAUCUGUAGGGGCUCAUACUGUAUAUUGUUUGGUGCUGUCUGUGGCAAGAAUUGUAUUGAACUGUACAAUCAGUUAGCGUAACUGACGGUAGUGGAAUAACAUCUCGUGUGCAUCGAGCUUAACGUGUUCUUUUGACAAUAACAACAAGGAAACGUAUUGUUACGUAAUUUACGUGUCCAGUCAAACUAGUCUUUGGAGGUCAUUGCCAUACGCUUUUUCAAAUAGGCAAGAUGGGAUCAAGAAGAGUCAAGCUCAACGUCAUGUCCCAGAGGCCAACUAGCAAUCUGAUCCUCGAGACCAAUGACUAUAGACUUAUUCUUCAUGGGAAAUCAGAUCGAAUCAGUCGAUCUGCAGCGUGGGUGGCCAAGACUUCAGCCCGCGUUUGGGAUAACGAAACUUUUACGGAUCACGUAUUCUUCCUCAAGACCGGUCACUAACGUACUCCUGCCUAAAAACACUUUGCUCAACACUGGAUUAAUCUGACGUAGAUUUUGUAGACAAUGACAACGUAAAUUUCUUUAUGAAUACAUUGGUAUGAGUAUAUUAGCACGUUAAAUGUAGAUUUUUUAAAAUAAAACCUCUAGGGUCAGGGUCAAGGUUAGAGAAAGGUCUGGCCCGACGGCCAGGGACAUGGUCAAUUAAUUGCAUGUACUCAAACCAUGGACUUACUAGUAAGUCCAUGCUCGAACCAAGGCAAUAUCAAUAGCGUACGUCUAGCGUCACCUAUUGAAAUGUGGGAACGUGGCAGUGACAUAUGUCACGUAACUUGAUUUCUUUAGCCAAUAAAGAAAGGUAUUGGAAUCGCCCUUUAUAUAUUUUCUUGAGAGUCUUUGUUUAAGUACUCCUUCGAUCGUUACUGUUUCCGUUUCUCGUUACUUUAACCUGGCGUCUUUCAGAAGCCAUAUAGUUUUCUGACAAACAUCAAUGGUAGAAAUUAGCCUUCUUUGUGUGCAUUUACGAAUGAUGAUACCUUAUUAUACAAACAAGUGUGCUUUCUUUAGCUAGCCUGUUGUUUUUAUAUAUCCAAUAAAAUAGUCAUAAAACGAUUCAUCAAAAUUAAGGUUGAUAAAAUUGAGUAUAUAAUGAUCAUGAGAAUACAUUGUGAAUAAUAGUGGGUACAUUUGGGAACUGUUGAUUGCGUAUUACAGAGAGAUGGAUACAUAAUUAGAGGUUACGGAUUCAUGAAAAUGACAAGAAAUUGGCUCAGGCCUGCUGAAAGUGAUAUGCACUGCACACAAAAAUGGGUAUAUGGGACUACACACACAUGUGGCAUUGAUGAUCGGUCCAAGAAUUUAGCUAUUUCCCGUCAUACUUAGAAUAUCGGGGCACUUGAAGAGCGAUCCUUUUCACAGGAUAUUUUACAAUAGAUUCUCUUCAAAACCGCUUAAAAAGAGGAAUGAGAAAGCUCUUAAAUAAUUUUCACCUUUACCAGAACUUAACCUUACAUUUUUUAAGCGAUUUAUUUCUUGGCAAUGUGAUAGUCUUUACAAUUUACGGAAAUAUCAACAAGUGAAAAAUUAAAAAACGCAAUUUUGGCAUCAUAUCAUUUGCCACGAAUAUUCCCAAGCGAUUAUUCAAUACUUUAUUGUUCAAUGCCAAGAUAAAGACAAAUAUAAAUCAAUUUAACCUUAAUGUUUGGAGAGCGUCGAGUACUACGCUAUCAAUGUUUUUCUUAUCUUGAUGCCUUUUAUGUAUAUUUAAAAUUGCAUUAUUUUUAAAUUUUAUUUCGAUAGGAUAUCAAAAUAAAUAUUUUUCAUGACUUUUUAUAAAAUUGAUCAGUAUUAAAUUGAAAACUGAAUACUAUCAAGGCCGUAGCAAAUGACAGCAAAAGGAGUUGUAAUUAUUGCGAUAAAGCCACCGUGGAAUUGUCGAACUUUCCUGAGGUUAUGAAAUUUUACAUUUAACAAGGACUUUUUUUGAAGUACGGUAUUGUCUCAAAAGGACAUAAUUGAACUAUAAUUCAUUAACAUUGACAAAGCUUACCUUGUAUUGUACAUAUUUCUUUACUCACCGACCGCUCGUAAGAUACCAUGUUGCCCAUUUUGCCCUUAACGUUGGAAUACUUUUUUUUCUUCAUUUCAUGAACCAAUUGAUUUAUUGUCGACAAACUUUAGAUCUUCUCAGAACUUUAAUGAUCAAAAUUUAUUGAUCAAUACAGUGCUGACAAGAUAUAAAUUUCAACAAUCAAGAGUAGAUCAUAUUGUCGUAAUUAGUUCAUGAAAAGAGGUUAAAAGUGUAAUCGAACUUUGUGUGUAUCAGCCUACUAUAUGCCGCCUUCUCGGGCCUCUGCUAACAUUGACUUAUCGAACUUCAGGUUUCAAUGAGCUCCUGUCUCUUGUAAUGCAAGUGAUACCGUAUUUCUUGCAAAGUCACCAAACUGUGUUAGGCUACAAAUGUUUGGUUCAUUUUCAGAAAGGCCAAUUAUGUCUUUUGAAAAUGCUAACGAAUAUUGUGCUCCAUCCAUCCUCUCUUAUAAAUCGCAUUAAUUAAAAGCGUAUUGAUGAAAUGUUACACUGCCCUCCUUCAGACUAUAACUUAGAUUUAGGAAGAGGAAGUUGCAAAUAGGCAUCAAGUUGUUGUAUGAUAUAUCAUGUAGUUAUCUUAUAUUCUGUUAUCAUGACAGACAAGGUUUAUACCUUCAGACUUCAAUCCACUUAAUAGAAUUGAAUGAGAUCAACACCUGAAAAUAUUUCCCUACAGUGUGUUUUAUGUCAGCAAAAAAUAAUAUUUUGCAGGUUUUCUACUUAUUACUUGGUUAAAUUAUAUUACUAUUGCAAAUCUUCAUAUUUGUGUCUUUGCAAUAAAACAUGAUUAUUCCUUUUUAUCUAA